UGUCGCUUUUGUGAACUUCCGCUCAUUAUUAAUUUCAUAAUUUUAUGGAUUUUUGGAACAUAACAACUGACCACAGUCUUUUUACCAUCACUAUCAAGAAUAAAGAAGUUAAACAUUCUUAAUAUUGGUUUAUCUGGCUGUAAUCCACAUCUGUCUGGUAGACAGCACAUGUAAUGUAAAACCUCCCGUAAGAAAUACAAUAGAAAUUGCGGCUUGACCAGGCGCUCAGCUGUUUCUAAUCCAACCCAGGUUUAUAGAACAAUUACCAUGGAUGGUAUCCAAAACACUCCUACAAAUUUUGAAACGCAACCGACCAUCUUAUACGAUUGUUCUUAAUUCUUUAAGUAAACACAACUUUUAUAAAACGUCAAACAGAUCAAUAGGCCAUUGGAUGGAAAACAAAUUGAGGGCAAUUUAUAUCGCUUGAAUGGGUCAUAUGUUAAGAUCUCUAGCUAAACAUGGACUGUGAUACACAAUAAAUAUACUAUCUUUGAGAGUUUCGUGGGUAUUGGAACACAUUGGGGUGAUAAUUUAUUUACACUAGGGACAAUUUGUCCCACUUGAAUUGGUCAUAUGUUAGGAUCUCCAGCUAAACAUGGACGGAAAUGAACAAGAAAUAUUGUCUUUGCGGGUGUCGCGGGUAUUGGAACACAUUGGAGUGACGAAGUCUAUGAUAAAACGCAGAAGGUCGACAUGGUUAGUUCAAGAGAAACUGGAUACAGUGAGAACUGCUAUGAUUGGUUAUACAUGCAUCUCAUAUUAUCUUGGGAGCCAGAGUGAGGGGACAACCACUUUGAAAAUGAGGUCUGACAGAGAUAUGGUUAUUGUAAAUGAAGAUUCACCAGCGAUACUGGAUCGUAGAGACUGGAUUCCAGGAAAAUCAUGCCUCCUUAUUGUGAAGCACCCACGAUCUCCGCCUCAACAUUGCAAUUUGCAGAGAAUUCGAUCCGAUGUUCCCCAAGGUAGUACAGAAAUACAAAAGCCUACUGAUUUCAUAGAUUCUUCAGGACGAAUUCUUGUCAGCAAUGCGGAAAAGGAUGACGAAAUAAGAUUGCGUUCCCUUCCUGGUGAUUGCUAUACUAGACAAGGUCCAUCGCGGAGUCUUACGAAAGAUGUCGACAUUGUUGAGGCAUAUCGCUGUGCAAAGUUACCAUCUGAGUGCAGAUUCAUUUUCCAAAGACCCAGGCCUGGACAUUGGCCAACACCUGCAUUACUUGAACAAGCAAGGAAUCUUGGAAUUUUCAUUGUGCCUCAGGGAUAUCCAUAUAGUGACUGUCCUAAUUCUGAGUGGAGAUUCUCUACGUCUCUAACAGAGAGACGUCUCAUGUUUAGUCUAACAAUUGUUCAAAUAAAGGUUUAUGUCCUUUUGAAGAUGAUACGCAUAUCUUUCUUCAAACCAUUAUUCGGAGAUCGUUUGAGUACCUUUCAUUUUAAGACUGCAUUACUGUUUACAAUCGAGAGCUACCCACCCGGAGUAUGGCAUGAAAGAAAUAUUCUAAACUGCGUUUGCUAUUGCCUCCAAACCCUUUAUAGAUGGACAAAAAUCGGCUAUGUCCCUCAUUUUACCAUUUCAAAUGUGAAUCUUCUGGUUGGAAAAAUCCAUACACAUGAACUGAAAAAGCUGUUGGAAGCUUUGGAAAUGGUUAUGUCAGACUAUGAAUAUUUAAAAGCUAUUGUCAUGGAUGAUUUUGGAAAACUAUAUAUUGAAUACAGAAAACCUUCAGACCAAAGAUACCUUUUGUGCGAAUCGAAGAGAGACCGCAUUAUUCAAAUAACGUUUGAAUGCAUAGUUGAACACCUUUAUGCUGUGCGUUCCGUUUUGACCUUUUUUAUUACAAUGCUAUGCACGCAUCCAGAUGUAGAAACUGCAUUGAUUGACCUGUGUCCAAGAAUGACAGUAUUACAAUGGUAUAUGAAACAAGGCGACUACGAAAGGCAGGCUGGGUCUACUUUGUAUGAGCUACUAUGUGGAACAUACGCAACAAUUCAUUCAGCUCAUCCGGGGAUGUCUGAGGAAGCGAUUCCUUCAAAUCAUAUAAGGUCAUCGUACGUGGAAUCAGAAGGUUCUGAUCUACUGUCAGGAAGGCUUAAAUAUGCGGCAAUGUUAUACACUACUGGUCAGUACGAGGAAGCUGCGAACAAGUUGAAGAAAUGCGAGGAAUUGACGCAAUUGAAUUUUGUCUAUGUAUGCGAUUGCAAAAAAGGAAACGUUCUUGUAACGAAUACAUUUAACGAAGAUAUUCUUCCAACGUAUGACUUUGAACUCCUGAAAUCAUUUAUUGCGUUGGAUGUUAUAUUUUGUCGAUUUGAAAUAGGAUGCACUCCUGGAAUUUUGGUAUUUGAAAUGUACCGUACCUCGGCAGAGGAUUUAUCACAAAGGCACCCUCAGCACGAUCAGUGGAUGGACAUGGCAGUUAUUCAGCCUAGGAUGUUCCUGUAUUAUCUACAGUUCUUGACUUACAUGCAGCUCAACCGCCCAAAAGAGAAAUAUAGAGCUGCUAAAAACCUAUUUGACGGAGUGACAAGCUUGCACAAUAUUUUGUAUCAGCAAGGAAUGUAUGCUCAUGUUGAGACUGGACUAAAUCUUCUUGGUCACUGCUAUGAACUGGAAAACUUGGCUGAUAAGGCCUGGGAAUGUUAUGCCACCUCUUUCAACACAGUACCGAGGAAUAAUGCUGCGAAGUGGCACAUGAUGAGACUCUUACACUCCCAAAUCAGGCCUUAAAAAAUACAUUUGGUUCGGGUUACCCGACCCUACCUACGAAAUAGGCGCCGACCGUUUUUAUAGUCAGUGUAAAAAAAAACUAAAAUAAAAGCCUACCUACAUGUACCCUACUUAAUUUUGAAAAGGAUGUAACCCUAACCAAACCUUUUUUUCUUUUAGGCCUCAGGGGAAAAUAAUCAAAUGAAAAUACAUGGCAUUCUUGUAGCGAAACGAUUUAUUCGCACUACAUUUUCUCAGUUAUUGUUUUAAUAAAAUGUAAUUUGUCAACAAUUACUUGACCCUUGCUAUAGAAUUUUAUGUACCACAUUGUCCUAAAGAA